AUGAUUUCACAGCAAAUCGAGUUUAUUCGCGGGAUAUCAGACGAAGGGCAGAUUGAGAGCAAUCGCGUAGCAAUCAGCAUCAAGAGGACCGCCUGCGCGCCUGCCGCACCACAUGAAGCUCAUCGCGAGAGGGGAGCGAUGUUUAGGGGCUGCUUCGAUGAGACGUCGACAAGUUGCAAUGUAGUAGUAUGGUUUCUAGUGAUUGUGGUUAGUUUGGAAACGAUCAUUGGUAAUGCAAUGGUGGUGAUUGCCUACAAGAUCGAGCGAAGCAUAGGAAGGAAAGUGAGCAAUCGCUACAUCGCUUCACUGGCAAUAUCAGACUUAAUUAUCGGCAUUGAAGGCUUCCCUUUUUUUACUGUCUACGUGCUGAAUGUGUGUCACACAGCCAGUUAUUUGAAAUGGCAGACUCCGGCUAAAACGCAAGUUUUGAUCAUUUUGUCAUGGCUUCUGCCGGCACUGAUCUUCGGUGUUAUGAUGUACGGCUGGGAUACAAUCACAGGCGUUGAAAGCAUGACCACAUCCGAGUGUUCGGCGCCAUUUCUAAGCAAUCCAUAUGUCAAUAUGGGAAUGUAUCUAGUCUACUAUUGGACAACUUUGAUAGCUAUGCUGAUACUGUAUAAGGGCAUUCAUCAGGCUGCCAAGUCCUUGGAAAAGAAAGCUAAAGCAAAGGAACAACGAAAUAUGGCCCUACUUCUUGGACAACGACUUGGAACUCAGGUUGGAGUUACACUGAUGCUUCACUCAAAAAACAACAAAGGAGCACAGGAUGGACCUCAAAGGUCGAAUUCAGAAAAGCGUUCCCUAGAACCAGACCCGCAGAGUCGAAGACUCCUCCAUCGCAACGGAACUGGUGAGAGCGAACAGAUACGAAAGAACUACUAG